CCCCGCGGCCCCGCCCACCGCGGCUCCGGAAGCGGCGGCCCGCGCGCCCCGCUCGCCCCGCGCUCGCCGGCCCGGCCGCCCUUUCGGAUCCCAUUUCGGCCCCGGCGCUCGGCGAUGGCGGCAGCGAUGGCGGCGGCGCGGCGCGCGCGGCCCGUGCGGGUGCUGGUGGACAUGGACGGCGUGCUGGCCGACUUCGAGGGCGGCCUCCUGCGGGCCUUCCGCCGCCGCUUCCCCGAGGAGCCGCACGUGCCGCUGGACGAGCGCCGCGGCUUCUUCGCCCGCGAGCAGUACCGAGCCCUGCGGCCGGACCUGGCGGACAAAGUCGCCAGUGUGUAUGAAACCCCAGGCUUUUUCCUAGGCUUGGAGCCCAUCCCUGGAGCCUUGGAAGCCAUGCAUGAGAUGCACGCCAUGCACGACACCGAGGUCUUCAUCUGCACCAGCCCCCUGAUGAAGUACGAACACUGUGUGGGUGAGAAGUACUCCUGGGUGGACAAGCACCUGGGGCCCCAGUUUGUGGAACGCACCAUCGUGACGAGAGACAAGACGGUGAUCUUGGGGGACCUGCUCAUCGAUGACAAGGACACCAUUCUAGGCAACGAGGAGACCCCGGCCUGGGAGCACAUCCUGUUCACCUGCUGUCACAACCGGCACCUGGCCCUGGCCCCCCCAAAGCGACGGCUGCUUUCUUGGAGCGACGACUGGAGGGAGAUCAUAGAGAGCAAACGGGACGCCGUCGUGGCCCCAAGGUGGUUGACGAUAAGCAAAGGAAAGGAUGACAGUCAGGCAAGGAAACCCAGCAGAGCUAAGUGACAGGACAGCGGCGCGCGGUGACCCCAGCGCUGGGAGCAGGGAGGCACAGCAGCCUCUCACAGGCCAGCCGCCUGGCACCUCCCGAGGUGGCGGGCGUGGAAGCGCGGUGGAUCUCCGUCGGGAACCUCAAUAAACAGUUUGGCUCA